UUGAAAUUUGAAUCGCUGACGCAAGGCACAAGCAGCAGAAGGACCCAAAGCCUCAUCGCUCUCAUUUCGUUCCGAACUCCACGCUCUAUUCUGCUGCAGGAAACCUAAUUUGUCUCGAGAUUUUCUCCGUUCUCAGACACCAGAAAGUUGUCGGGUUGAGCUCGGACACAUGGAAGAUAUCCAAUUCAGCACUCUUGCCCGAGAACCAGAAAACCUAAAUUCAAUCUCCUCUGUCCCUGGGGUUCUUGAUUGGGAUUUACCCUUGAAUCAAGAAAGCAGAGAUUCCACCACGGAUGAGGACGAUGAAUCUUCUACUGACUUUAUAGUCUGUGAUUCGGGUUCGAGGUUGAUUCCAAAUGGAUUUGCUCGGCCAGAUUGUACAGAUGAAAUUGUGAUGUUUAUAAAUGCUGGAGCCGAGGCUUCAAUUGAAGCAGAUUCUAGUGUGAAGUUUAUGGCUGAUGCUUUUUUCCAUGGAGGAGAUGUAUUCCAAACAGAUGAGGAAAUCACUGAGGGCGGUGAUUAUGCAUUUAUAUACCAGUCAGUGAGACUAGGAAACUUCUGUUAUCAGUUUGAAAAUAUUCCUUCUGGAGAAUAUUAUGUUGAUCUUCACUUUGUAGAAUUCAUAAACACCUAUGGACCUAAAGGAAUGAGGGUAUUCAAUGUCUUCAUGCAGAAUGAGAAGAUUCUCUCAGACUUUGAUAUCUUCUCCAUUGUUGGAUCGAACAAGCCAUUGCAACUGGUUGAUUCAAAGAUUGCUGUCAAGGAUGAUGGCCUAAUUUUAAUAAGGUUUGAAGGGGUCAAUGGAAGUCCAUUGGUUAGUGGGAUUUCCAUACGAAGAGCACCAAAGUCAUCAGCUCCACGGGCGAAACACGAAUAUCUUGUAUGUAGCAACUGCGCUGCUGAGGUUGAAGUUCCUUCAGCUCAGAAGAAAGUCAUGCGAAUGAAAUCAACAGCCAAGUAUGAGAAGAAGAUAGAAGAACUGAGUACCCAGUGCCAACGCAAGACAGAUGAAUGCUAUCAAGCUUGGAUGUCGUUAACCGCUGCAAAUGAGCAGCUAGAGAAGGUUAGAAUGGAGCUUGACAAUAGGUUGUUCCAGACAUAUUCUCUUGAUCAAACAAUGGAGAAACAAGCUGAAGAGCUAAGGAAUAUUUCUAGCAAAUAUGUCCGGGAGAAGAAGUUUUGGUCCAUGGCAGUUACUAAUCUGGAGGAAAAGAUAAAGGUGUUGGGAAAGGAGCAUUCCCAGCUCUCUCAUGUAGCACAUGAAUGUGUUGAAUCAAUUCCUGACUUGAGCAAAAUGGUGUUUGCAGUUCAGUCUUUGGUUGCACAGUGUGAAGAUCUUAAAGUCAAGUAUACUGAAGAGCAAGCGAAGAGAAGGAAGCUAUAUAACCAGGUCCAGGAGGCAAAAGGAAAUAUCAGGGUAUUUUGCAGAUGCCGACCUUUGAGCAAGGCAGAGGUUGCAUCUGGCCAUUCAACAGUUGUGGACUUUGAUUCAGCCAAGGAUGGGGAAUUUGGAAUCUUAAGUGGUGGUUCUACCAGAAAGACCUUCAAAUUUGACAGAGUUUACACCCCAAAAAAUGAUCAAGUUGAUGUGUUUGCUGAUGCUUCACCAAUGGUAACCUCUGUGUUGGAUGGCUACAAUGUCUGUAUAUUUGCUUAUGGGCAAACUGGGACAGGUAAAACUUUCACGAUGGAGGGUACUGAGCAAAAUCGAGGAGUCAAUUAUAGGACGCUCGAGGAACUGUUUAAAGUUGCCAAGGAAAGGAGUGAAACUUUUACCUACAGUAUAUCUGUUAGCGUGCUUGAAGUCUACAACGAGCAGAUAAGGGAUCUGUUGGCUGCAUCACCAACAUCAAAGAAGUUGGAGAUUAAACAAGCUACUGAAGGGCAUCAUGUUCCUGGAAUAGUGGAAGCCAAAGUAGAGAACAUAAGGGAAGUAUGGAAUGUACUGCAGGUUGGAAGCAGCGCCAGGGCUGUUGGGUCCAAUAAUGUGAAUGAACAUAGUAGUCGUUCUCAUUGUAUGCUUUGUAUAAUGGUAAGAGCAAAAAAUUUGAUGAAUGGUGAAUGCACCAAGAGCAAGCUUUGGCUCGUAGAUUUGGCAGGCAGUGAGAGGCUUGCGAAAACUGAUGUGCAAGGGGAUCGCUUGAAGGAAGCUCAAAAUAUUAAUAAAUCACUUUCAGCCCUUGGAGAUGUAAUCUCAGCUUUAGCAAACAAAAGUAGUCACAUACCAUACAGGAACUCAAAGCUGACACAUCUACUUCAAGAUUCAUUAGGGGGUGACUGCAAAACUUUAAUGUUUGUGCAAAUCAGCCCUUCAGAGCAGGACUUGAGUGAGACCUUGAGUUCAUUAAAUUUUGCCACCCGUGUUCGAGGGGUUGAUUUGGGUCCUGCCAGAAAGCAAAUUGAUACCAGUGAGCUUCAGAAAAUGAAAAUGAUGCUUGAUAAAGCAAGGCAGGAAUCCAGAUCCAAAGAUGACUGCCUUAAAAAGCUUGAGGAGAGUUUACAAAAUAUGGAAAGUAAGGCAAGAGGCAAGGAUCAGUUUUACAAAAACCAACAGGAAAAGAUUAAAGAACUUGAAGGCCAGCUUGAGCUAAAGGCAACAUUGCACAACCAAUCAGAAAGGCAUGUCUUACAUCUGUCAGAGACACUGAAGGGGAAGGAUGAAAUUUGCACUUGUCUUCAACAAAAGGUCAAAGAGCUUGAGAACAAGCUUAGAGAGCGAGAUCAAUCAGAGUCUACAACUUACCAACAGGUCAAGGAUCUUGAAAGCAAACUGAAAGAGCAAGUGAGGGAGUCUGACUUGCAUGCUCUUACCCUUCAACAUAAGGUUGAUGAAUUGGAAAGGAAACUGAAAGAGAAGCAGGGAGAGAAAUCAGAGUCCUUCCUUUGUCAAAAGAUUAAAGAACUUGAAGACAAAUUGAAAGAGAAAGAACAACAGUUCUCACACAAGCUAAGUCUAGGCUCCGCUGAUGCAUUAAGAGCCACUCCCCUAGAAGGAAAAUGCUAUGUAAGAGAUGAGACGAUGAUGGAUUCCGAGCACCAUAUUCUUAGGAAUGCAAAUUCGAUCAACCGCAGAGGGAGUCAGGGGUCUGUAUCAGUAAAAGCAAACGAACCUGUUCCUGGCAUAAGAAGGAAGCGGCUAUCCAGGAAUAGUGAAACUGAAAACAACAAUACUGAGUCAACUUCCUUGAACGAUAAAAGGGGAAGGCAAUCGGAUCCCCCUAAACCAUUGGCUAGGUUUACAAGAACAGCCAAGCCCGCAACAACUUCUCAGAGGCCCAUCAAUCAAAACAGAGCUGCCAGCAGAGAUCAGGUUCAAGGAAUCAAGGAGAGGGAUAACAAGAAAAGAAUUUGGUCAAGAUAGUGAAGUGAAAGCAAGAGAAGCCAACUUUUAGACAUUUGCUUUCUGAGUUCUAGCAGAACAUUAUGACGUAUUUGUGUGUUUACUUUAUCGGGGAAGGCCAAAUUGUGUAGAGCUGAUCUAAUUUCAUAGGUGAAAUGUAAGUGAUGCUGAUCCUUCCUGGGCUCCACAGCCAAUUCGUCUGUAGGAAAGAAAUGGUUAUGCAUUUGGAACCCAUUGUUUGAGAUUCUAUUCUCAUAAUCAAUCAACACAUCGAUAAGAGAGGAACUAUUGCUAGAAGAUAAAGGAUUUCUGUAGUCAUUGCAUUUUAAUUAAGUUUCUUCUGUCUUUGUU